UGCACUUCUGGUGUAGUAGCUUCACACAGUUAGCUCAAAACAAGUCUGCCUUUCUCUUUUCAUUUUUUUUACGCUCGGUCCACAUCAGGGAAAAGCUUUGGAUCCGUGUGUUAAAUGUGACUUUAUUGUUUUUGUUUUGUUCGUACAGUGCGUCUGAUUGCCAGGCUUUGUCGUCGCUAUCUCGGACUGACGCUCUCCACGUAGCUUUUCAACAUCAAAACUGUUUGGUGGUCUGUUUGUUUCCCAAGAUGAAUUUGCUCAAAAACCAAACUUUGCACCCACACCUGCGCGACGAGGAGGCCCUCGUGGUGGAAAACGCCAUCCGGUUGGCGAUAGACUCGAUCGUGAACGUGCUGUACGGCGUCAACAGCGCCCGGACUCACGAGUACCAGCGGACGGUGGCCGACAGGGACCAACAGAUCCAGCGGCUGGAGGGCAGCGUCUCGGAGAUAGCGCGCGAGUUAAAGGUGCUGCGCCGACAGGGAUGCACCUGCGCACUGUUUGGGAAAGAGCACAGCCUCGUGACGUCACAGCCCACGACGGAGGAGAGCGGCUUCGAACCGAGCGGCGUGGACACCGAGACGACAGCCGGGCAGCGGGAGAGCGAGAUGAGCGUCUCUCUGGGCCUUUUUGCGAGACCCCCCUCGCACGUCUCCUCCCAAAGCCACGAGUCGGCGCUUCUUCCGUCGUCUCCCAGCCAAAUGGGUCUGGACCGGUCCGGCGUCUCCGACUCCUCCGGCGCGUCGGAAGAAGCCGGGAACCUGCCGAGGUCUCCCGGCGGCGGCCUCGUCAUCAAAGAAGAGCCGUGUGACAUCGACACGGUUUUAAUCAAGUGGGAGAUGAGUGAAGAGAGGUUCAGGGACCUUCAGGAGAGUCCGGGAAGUCUGGACAUGGAGAACCCCUGUAAAUCAAGAAACCUGGAGCACAUGGAGGGAAGAACUUUAAAUGAGAACUUCUGUGCAGAUCCGAGCGGUUAUUACGACCUUCACGAAGAACAACUGAGGAGCCAGAAGAAGGGCGCGCCCGUGUCCGAGCAGACGGAGGAGGCUCAGAGACUGAAGCGGGUGGCCUGGCGAGCAGCGUCCCGGCGCUACUACGCCCGAAAAGUCGCCCGGCAACAGGCAAACCCCUCGCAAAUGCCUGUCCCCUCGCACUCUGGCCCCGCCCCCUUCCCGUUGCGCUCCGGCCCCAGCCCCUUCCUGUCCCACUCGGGCCCCUUCUCGUCACACUCGUCUCCCUUCUCGUCGUGCUCCGGCCCCGCCCCCUUCCCGUCGCGCUCCGGCCCCGCCCCCUUCCCGUCGCGCUCCGGCCCCGCGCCCUUCUCGUCGCGCCCCGCCCCCUUCCCGUCACGCCCCGCCCACUUCUCCUCACGCCCCGGCCCCUUCCCCCACAUGACGGACUCCCGGUACACGCAGCCCGUCUCUUUCGCGGACAAGAAAAGGCGGACGCUGAUCUCCGACCUGCCGGAAGCCUCCCAGUCCCUGCAGAGGGAGGCGUGGCGCGCCGCGUCCAAGAGGUACUACGCCCGGAAGAACACGCAGCACCACCAGACCGAGCCCGUGGACUACGAGCGGCUGCUGCAGAACAUGGAGCCGCCCGGUGACCCGCUGGAGCCCAACAGAGGAGAAUCCCACGGCAACGGCGAAGGGAUUAUGUGCAGCUGAUGGACCGCGACGCUGCGGAUGAGCGUUUCACAUAUUUAUGUUUUCAUUACGUUGUCUGUACUAUUUUUGGGGGGUGAAUUUGUGGCGAGUAGUAGAUUGGUUUUUAAUUUUUAACGUGCAGGCCUGUAGAAAACGCUGACUGCUCAUGUAUUCUGAGGCAAUAAAGCUGUUGUGCAGUCGUUGUUACGCAACAGCCCCUGUGGAGUCCGACCUCCAGCUGCAAUCAAGACUUUAAUUAUAUAACUAUCAGUUCCACAUGGUUUUAAGACUUCAAAUUUACAUUUUGUUAUUUUUUUUCUUUAGGCACAUGUUGGAUAAUAAAGAGAAUUUAAAUAUAAA